AAUGAGCCUGGAGCUGGACUUGAACCUGCAACUCCUGCUUACCAUGCAAAUGCAUUGCCAGUUAUGCUGCCCGGACCUCCAAGCAAUUGUUUGCUUCGAUUCUUCUAACUAUUUGUUCUUUGGAUUUAAACACAAAAUUGCUAUGGAGAACUUAUCACACUGGAACACUUUUUUGGUGGAAAAACUACAUCUAUGUGAAUUAAUUUUGGAACAAGAAGGCGUUUAUGGAUCUACUAGACUUUUAGAAUAUCCAUUAGGUUUCAUUCCUUUAGAGACUGAUUUGUAUUCUCUUGAAACACCAGAUUUCUUUUCAUCUUUUUUUCUGGAAGGGGAUCAGACUUGGUUACAUACUGCAGCAACAUCAUUAAUCCAAUUACAAAAAUUCUGUGGACCAAUUUAUAAUGUGUAUGGAGUUGGAAGAUGUGCAAAAAUGGUGAUUGAUAUGUUUAGGGUGCUGGAUAAUGAAACUAAGCAGACAGGAUCAACAAAUUCACAGAUUGAUUAUGCCAUUCUUAUUGACAGAGACGUUGACUAUCCUUCAGUUUUACUAACACAACUAACUUAUGAAGGCUUGCUGGAUGAAACAUAUGGAAUUAAAAGUGCAAAAGUUACAUUUGGUGAGGAUGUUACAAAGAAAAAAGAAAGUGUAAAAGUAGUUCUUAAUAACAGUGAUGAGAUAUUUAAAGAAAUCAGGGAUCAACACAUUUCAAAUGUAUUUUCUUAUCUUGGAAAUAAGGCUAAAACUCUACAAGCUAAGUAUGAUGUAUGUAUAAUUUUAUUUAAUUUUGAUAAAAAGAUGAAUUUUGUAGCGAAUGAAUUAAGAGGCCUUCAACAGCAGCAUAAAUAUUUAGCUCUUCAUAUAGGUGCAUGUGAAGUUAUCAUGAAACAGAAAAACAAAGGAAAUUUCAAAGAUCAUCUUAAUGUGGAACAUAAUCUUUUAGAUUGUGUUGAAUUACGUGAAAAUAUGAAUUACAUUGAAGAGACAAUCAAUCGUCAGUUAUCUCUGUUGGGAUCUUUAAGACUUCUAUGCUUACUAUCUAUUACCCAGAAUGGUUUAUCACCGAGGGAUUACAAAUCACUUUUAACUCAAUUCCUACAUAGUCACGGACAUAAACACUUGUUGACAUUUCAUUAUUUAAAGAAACUCGGUCUUUUUAUGGAACAACCUUCGGUUUCAUUACCGGUCUCGGGACCAGUUUCCGCAGGAAUGGCAGCCGCCAAAGUCGUGGCUGCCGUUACCUCUCGUACCAACUCUUUCAAAAUGGUUACCAAGAAAUUAGGACUUAUACCAAAAACAGAUGAAGAGAUAGAUCUUAAAACCCCAGUAGAUAUGAGUUAUGUUUUCAGCGGUGCCUACAUCCCUCUUGUUUGUAAAUUAUCACAGCAAAUAAUAACAAGAGAAGGAUUUCAAGGAAUGGAAGAAAUAACAAAGGCAAUUGGUAAACCAACCGUAACCAACAACAAAGCAAGACCCGUAAGAGGUAGAGACAGUAUAACCAGCAUAGGAUCUCUAAGUUUGGAAAAUGAAACAAACAAAGUGGUUCUAAUAUAUUUUUUGGGUGGAAUUACUUACGCAGAAGUGGCAGCUCUCAGACUGUUAGCCAAACAAAACAAAUAUACACUAUUGAUCGCCACCACGAACAUGGUUAACGGAAACACAUUAUUGCAACAGUUGAUGCCUCAAGUUCCUUAGAAGGAAAUGUCUGUAAAAUUCUCUGUAAGUUAUGAACAAAGAUAAAGUUGUCAUAUCGACAGAAUGUAUAUAUAUAUAAAUAUACAUAAUGUGUAAAAAAAAUUUUCUGAAGAAAUAA